AUGACCUCUGUUUAUCUCCCUAGUGACCUUGUUAUGGAUAUCAUGUCCCGAGUUCCAGGCAAAUCCCUAGCCAGAUUUCGAUCAGUCUCAAAGAAAAUUAGGUCUCUCCUCUCUCAUACGUCUUUCCUUCGCCUCCACCACAGCCGUUCACGUGAUUUCCUUUUUACUCUCAAGGCACUCAAGCAGGAACGUAGGUACUACUAUCAUGUUAAGUACAAUUUCUUUGUGACCAACAAGUCCAAUGGCCUCAUCCACGAGUUCAUGGUAGUUUUUGCUGGCCAUAGAUUCAGAACGCUAAGCUCUCACCACCAGCUCUUAUGCUUUGUUUGUGAAUCUGGGAUCCAUCUUUAUGACCCCGUGAACAAGGAGUUGAAGAAUUUACCGGAACCUUGGUUCUCUCCAUGGUGUUUCAACAAAUCUGACGAGUGUCUCGUCUCUUUUGGUUUUGUUGACGCCACGAUGCAGUACAAAGUCGUUAAGUGGCCUCACGACUUGGAUGAAGACCGUACAAGGAGGUUGCCAAGUGGCCUCAUCACAACUUGGAAGAAAGUAGAUCUCAAAUUUGAGGUCUUGAAUAUGGACAUUAUGGAAGAUGGCCGUCUUAACGUAUCCCGUUGGAGAAGGCUACGUAGACCAUGUCCCUAUCUUCUACAACUGUCGUCUCAGGUUCACGUCAAUGGAUUUAUUUACUGGACCACUAGUGAUUUUCAGAUCGUGUCUUUCUCUUUACAAGAUGAAGCUUUCUCAACCAUAAACCCCAAACCACCUUGCUUCCGCCUUGACAUCCAGGGAACCAAGAAAACUCGCUUUUUCACGUUGUCUGGAAUCCGUGGAAACUUAUGGAUGAUAGAUGAUGAUGUCCGGUCUCAAAUCAUGGAGAUUUGGAAGAUGGACGAAACUGCUAGCGGCGGAUGGGCCAAGAUGCAUAAGAUCGAUCUCGGAGGAACAAAUCCAAACAAAAAUGAUGGUAAAGUGCAGAUGCUAGAUAUAUGGUCAGACCAAGUUUUGUUCAAGCUAAUAUCGACGCGGCUCUUGAUAUGCUAUGACGCCAACACAAACACCCUAGAGAACUACGGGAGCGAGUCUGGAGACUAUGAGCUAUGUCAUUCUACCGAUGGACUCUUGUCUAUACACAACCUUGAUAUGUUUAAUUCUUCUCCGCACUCUUCUCAUCCCGAGCUGAAGUCUUUCUUUUUCUUACCUAUGAUGAUGAAGCCCACUCCGGCCUUUCUUAAUUAG